AUGAACUGGCGGCUUGUUGAUCUCGUCUCUUUGCUGUUCCUAUGGGACCGGCUGGCUCUUACUCUCCAUUGUUGGGCUCUCUUGGUGCUUUCCUCUCAUCACCAACACCAACAUGUCACCAGCCCCCUCGACUGGCUCCUCUCGGAUAAGGGUCCCUUCCACCGGGCCCGGGAUUAUUCCAACUUCCUGGAUAGAUACCGGCAGGGAUUUACUACCAGAUACAAGAUCUACAGAGAGUUUGGUCGAUGGAAAGUAAAUAAUUUAGCAGUGGAAAGAAGAGACUUUUUGGGCUCAGAUUUGCCUCUAGCUCCAGAGUUCAUCAGAAAUAUCCGCAUGUUAGGACGGAGACCAAGUCCACAACAGAUAAUUGAUAAUUUGAUCAAGAAGUAUGGCACACAUUUCUUGCUAUCUGGAACACUUGGAGGGGAAGAAUCGCUGACUAUAUUUGUGGACAAACAAAAGUUGAAUAAGAACACUGAACUCAAUAACAAUUCUGCUAUCAGUUUGGACACCCUUCACCAGCUGGCUGCUUCCUAUUUCAUUGACCGAGAGACGACAUUACGCAAACUGCAUGAAAUCCAGAUUGCAUCUUCAGCGAUCAAGGUAACGGAAACCAGAACAGGACCUCUUGGAUGCAGUAACUAUGACAAUCUGGACUCUGUUAGUUCAGUUCUGGUACAAAGUCCCGAGAACAAAAUUCACUUACAAGGCCUUCAAGCUAUUUUGCCAGAACACCUGCGGGAACGGUUUGUUGAGGCGGCUCUGAGCUACAUUGCCUGUAACUCCGAGGGCAGCUUCAUCUGUAAGGACCAUGACUGCUGGUGUCAGUGUACAGCCAAAUAUCCAGAAUGCAACUGCCCUUUUCUGGACAUCAAAGCCAUGGAGGACAAUCUGCUAUGGAUAACAGACAGCUGGACCAACCACAACAAAGAAUUUGAGGUGUCGGAUGAGUUCAAGACCUUUCUGAAGAAGCUGCCGACUGAGUAUUUCCUGAACAGCUCCACCAUCCUUCAACUCUGGACAAUGGACUUCAGUCUCCAGCACCGCUACGAGCAACUGGAAGCCACUCUGAAGGUGCUCUUCACCAAGGCACAGAAGACUGUCCGAAAGCUCUUCAGCCUAAGUAAGCGCUGCCAGAAACAACCGAAAUUCGUCCUCCCCAGAGAAAGGGCCAUGACCUAUUGGCUAAAUCGCGUCCAGUCCUUCUUGUACUGCACAGACAACAGCCUGGCCGGGAUCUUUUCAGAGGAGAGCCGGAGCUGCACCUGCCCCUACGACCAGCUGAGCUGCCAGAAGCCCAUUCCGUGUGUGGUGGGUGAGGGGACAUCCUGUGUGGUGUGUGCUGCCGAUAAUCGCACCCGCUGUGGCGGCUGUAACGAAGGCUACAUGCUGGCCCAGGGGGCCUGCCGGCCGGAAGUAGCUGACUCCACUGAGCAGUACAUCGGUUUUGAGACUGAGCAGGACCUGCGGGACAUGGAGAUUAGGUACCUGCUGCAGAAGCGAGAUAGCAAGAUCAUUGUGCCGGCCAUCUUCAUCAGCAAUGACAUGCGCCUCAACAGCUGGUUCGAUCCCUCCUGGAGAAAGCGUAUGCUCCUAACACUGAAGAGCAACAAGUACAAGACCAAUUUUGUCCAUAUGAUCUUGGGCAUGACCAUACAAAUCUGUUUGACUAAAAAUAGUACUUUGGAACCAGUGCUGGCUAUCUAUGUGAAUCCCUUUGGAGGUAGUCACUCAGAGAGCUGGUUCAUGCCCGUCAAUGAAGACAACUACCCAGACUGGGAGCGGACUAAGGUGGAUGUGCCUCUUCAGUGUUACAACUGGACUCUGAUACUGGGCAACAAGUGGAAGACCUUCUUUGAAACAGUCCACAUCUAUUUGAGGAGCCGCAUCAAGUCCAGCGGCAACGAGAGCCUGUUCUAUGAGCCACUUGAAUUCAUCGACCCUUCCAGGAAUCUGGGCUACAUGAAGAUCAGCCACGCCCAGGUGUUCGGUUACAGCAUGCACUUCGACCCUGAUGCCAUUCGGGACUUGAUCCUGCAGCUGGACUACCCGUACACCCAGGGCUCGCAGGACUCCGCCCUGCUUCAGCUGCUGGAGAUACGAGACCGAGUGAACCGUCUGUCCCCCUACAGCCACCAGCGGCUGGACCUCUUCACCUGCCUGCUCCGCCAUCGGUUGAAGCUGACCACCAGUGAGGUGGUCAGAAUUCAAGCCUCCCUCCAGGCAUUCAAUGCCAAACUCGUCAACCCCGUCGAAAAUGAAACCACCAAAUUAUGCAGUUAAUCGCCAGCACCCCUUAGUACCAGGGAUGAAAUUGGUAAUUCUUUCCUUGAUGUUUUUUUGUGUACAACUUGUUUGAUUCAACCAUGGAUUUUCCCAUGCAACAAGCACCAGUCCUUAUUCUCUAAGUUAGUUGGUGAAGCACCAAAUCACAGGAGCAAACCAAUGACCUGAAGCCCUUUGA